AUGACUUAUGGCGGCGUCAAGGUCAAUGAGAAGAAGCAAGCGUUCUACUGCUCGAAGGUCUGUCCGCUGUACUGCCCUGACCUGAAGGACAUGGACAAGCCUGAUGAAAAGAGGACUCGCAGGCACGCUGGCUACGAGUACUAUGAACCGGAAAUCUACGAAGAUUUUCCACCGUACAUCGACGCUGAUGAUUUCGAGGAGUUUCCCUACCACUUCUACCCCAGGUUUCACCACAAAAAGACAACCUCCACCACCACACAGAAAACAACCACCACGGAGGAACCCACUUUGAUAUGCCAAGUCUGUAAAAAGAAAUGUAAAGAUUGA